AUGGCUGACUCCAUCGAGCGCAGCAGCGCAAGCUCGCCCAGCUCCGCCGGCAGCGACGUGGAGAAGCGUGCGCCCGCCGCCGACGCCUCCUCCUCGGCGCUCGACGAGCUGCUCUACCCGCACGACAGCUACACGCGCGACAAUGUCUACUGGGCCGACCUGCCCUUUGCGCAGAAGGCACGCUGGGUCAGCGCACAGAGCAACGCCGAGGCGCGCCGCGAGCUGGCCGUCAUUGGCCGCAUGUUCCGCGAGGCGCCGCUCUCGCCCUUCAAGGCGUACUUUGAGAACUACAUCGUCACGGGCAUGGGUCUGUUUGCCGAGGCGUGGGUGCUCUUUUCCGUGGGAAACUUGAUGCCCCUCAUGAAGGCCGUCUGGCCGCAGUGCUUCUCGCGGCACGAGGUGUGCAAGAAGGAGUGGAUCAGCGCUGUCGAGUGGCUCGAGAUCGUCGGCAUCAUCACUGGACAGAUCUGCGUCGGCAUCGAAGGCGACUACAUCGGCCGCCGCUUCGGCCUGGUGCAGGAUGCGGUGGGACUGACUUUUGGCGCCGUCCUCCUGACUGCCAUGUGGGCUGGGUCUGAUCAUCUCCAGGGUUUCGUAAUCUGGUGGGCGUUCGCCUUGUACAUCUACGGCUUCUCGGUCGGUGGAGAAUAUCCUCUGACUGCAACGUCUGCGCUGGAGGUUUCGAGCACAGCGAAGGGCGCAACGAUCUCGGACCGGAUGCACCGCGGGCGGCGCGUCUCGCUCGCCUUCACCAUGCAGGGCUGGGGACAAUUUGUCCAGCAAGCAAUUCUUCUCCUUCUCCUUCUGGCCUUCAACUCGGGCUCGCUAGAGCCGCCGUUCUCCGAGCCGACGGCGCAGGCGACGUUCCGUGUCAGCUUCGCACUGACGAUCCCGAUUACGGCGUGGCUCGCCUGGCGCCGCUACAACACGCGCUACCCCGGCGACGAGCAGCUCAAGGCCGCCAAGAAGCGCCUGAAGGUCUCGGCCUACGACAUCAAGUCGCUCAGGCUUGCCAGCAGCCACUACUACGGCCGCCUCAUCGGCACCGGCGUCGUGUGGUUCGUAAACGACGUGCUCUUCUACGGCAGCAAGAUCUUCAGCGGCGUAUUCAUUUCGCUCAUCACGGGCGGCAACAGCUCGCUGCGCACGACCUGGAUCUACAACCUCAUCAACGUCGCGGUGGGCCUCUGCGGCUACUACCUGGGCUCGCUCCUCAUCGACCAUAAGCUUUAUGGCCGCAAGUGGAUGCAGGCAAAUGGUCUGGCAGCGCUUUUCAUUUUGUUCCUCAUAUGCGCCGUGCUGUACCCGGGCGUUAGGUGGUUCCAGGCGCUCUUCUUCUUGAGCUCGUUCUUCACCCAAUUUGGUCCCAACAUUACGAGCUACCUGCUCGCAGCCGAGGUGUACCCGGCGACGAUCCGCUCGACGUGCCACGGCAGUUCGGCGGCGAUGGGCAAGCUGGGAGCGCUGCUGCCGGCCGUGCUGUACAGCUACCUGCCGAACCGCACCAAGUUCUGGUUUGUGUGCUGGUUCGGCCUGCUCGGCUGGGCCCUGACGCUCGUCUUUGUGCCCGACACGACGGGCCUCGACCUGGCGGAGCAGGAGCGCUACUGGGAGUACGUGUCGCAGGGCCGCGAGCACGAGUACCACGGCGUCGCCGUGCAUCCGCGCCACCUCUCGCUGUGGGAGCGCGUCGUGCACAAGCGCCACCUGGCCUACGACCCCGAGCUCGACCGUGCCGCGCGCCUCGAGCUGCUGCAGCACGUCGUCGAGGACGAGCAGGGCACGCUCAAGCCCGCCGGCACGACGCCCACCGAAGCCGCCAUCGCGGCGGGCAAGCUGGAGCCGACGCAGCCCGCCGCCUCGCACCACGCCUCGAAGCUGGCGGACCUUGAGAGCAAGCUCGGCUAG